GGGCAGGCCUAUAACAGUAGGCUCUCUCGUUCAGAAGGUCGGCGUCGAACGCUCCGACAACGUCGUGUAGAAGCGAACGAGGUGCGACGCGCAGCUCUGCCGAACCACGUUUCGCGAGCCAUCGACCCGAGCAUAUAAAUAACGCGAGCCCGAAUAAUUUGCGUGUAUAGCGGAGGAUUUGCACCAUCAGCAUGGCCACCAGUGUUCCCGUCGUGGGCUACACCAGCGCCAGGGGCCUGGCCCAGAGCGUGCGCAACCUGCUGGUGUACAAGGGCGUGCACUUCGAGGACAAGCGCUACGAGUUCGGGCCGGCGCCGGCGUACGAGAAGCUCGGCUGGGACACCGACAGGGCCUCGCUGGGGCUGAGCUUUCCCAACCUACCCUACUACAUCGACGGGGACGUGCGACUCACGCAGACCGUCGCCAUUCUCCGCUACCUCGGCAAGAAGCACGGUCUCGACGCCAGGACCGACAAGGAGGCCGCGGAGCUGUGGCUUCUGGAGCAGCAGUCCAACGACCUGCUCUGGGCUCUCGUGGUGACCGCCAUGAACCCGAACGCGACCGAGGCCCGCAAGACCCAGGAGCAGAGGCUGGCCGACUCGCUGCCCCGCUGGCAGGAGCUACUGAGGAAGCGCCGCUGGGCCAUCGGGGACACGCUCACCUACGUGGACUUCCUGCUCUACGAGGCGCUCGACUGGAACCGCCAGUUCGCGCCGGACGCGUUCGCCAACCGCCCCGAGCUGCUCAACUACCUGCAGCGCUUCGAGCAGCUGCCCAAGCUGAAGGAGUACUUCGCCUCUGACAAGUACGUCAAGUGGCCCAUCAUGGCGCCCUACAUGUUUUGGGGACACAAAUAAAGAUAACUCCAGCGGAUCACCCGCGUACGAAA